ACGGGGGCGGAACCUGAGGGGAAGGACGCAAGCUCUCUGACUUGACUUCCGUUUCUUCUUUCGCUUCGGUUCUUCCUAGUUUUUUGGUUGUGUGUCUUUCCCUUCCUUUUCACAUUCGCGGCCUUCUCCAGUAUUGUAGCAGUAGGGCCCAGGAGCCCAGACCCACCCAGAUUCUCAGAUGCUUAAUGUCAGUAGCAGGAGGAGAACCAGGAGAGAUUGAUGUCCUGACAACUUAGAGAAUGGAGAGUAUCAAGGACGACAGGGAGAUCAACAUUAUCAAAGGCUGCAGAGAGGUCAAGGAGAACUAGGAUUGAGAAAAGGCCAUUGGAUUUGAGAUGGUGCUGACACCCCAGGCAGCAGAGUCCACCCCACUUCUCUCAUGACCUUCUGAUUUCUACCCCUUUCGGGAAUGGGGAUAUAGAGAUUUCUGCCUCUUUGUUCUGAGAAGUACAAACAAAGGACAGGUACUCCUUGCCAAGGUUCACUUUUCCACUCCAGCUCUGCCUUCUGAAGCACAGUAAUGAAGAAAUAACAGUGAAGAGGAAGAGAAGGAGGAGGGAAUGGCCCCUCCACUAUUGGCAUCUUGGGCCUACCAGGAAUCACUGACAUUUAGUGAUGUGGCUGUGGAUUUCACCCAGGAGGAGUGGGAUCACCUGGAUUUAUCCCACAAGAAGUUGUACAGGAAUGUGAUGCUGGAGAACUAUAGGAAUUUGGUUUAUGUGGGACUUGCCGUUUCCAAGCCAGAUCUGAUCUGCCAGUUGGAACAAGGUAAAGCACCUUGGGUCCACAAGAAAGAAAUCCCAAAAAUCACCUGCACAGGUUGGGAAAGUAGGCCUAAAACCAAGAAGUCUACUAAAAACCUGGACAUUUCCAUAGAAAAAUCAUCCCAAGGAAGAUCCACAAAGGAUGGUUCCCAUAUUUCUAAUUUGGGAGAAGUUUGGAAAUGUAAUGUCACUUUAGAGAAGCAUAAGAAGAAACAUUCUAGAAUUUGUACUGGAGAGAAGUUUUACAAAUGUAAUCAACAUGGAAAGACCUUUAGUCAUAACAUUCACUUUACUCGACACCAAAGAAUUCAUACUGGAGAGAAACCUUAUGAAUGUAAUAAAUGUGGGAAGGCUUUUCACCAGAAUCCAUCCCUUAUUCAACACCAGAGAAUUCAUACUGGAGAAAAAUCUUAUGAGUGUAAUGAUUGUGGAAAGGCAUUUGUCCUGAGGGCAAGACUUAUUCGACAUCAAAUAUUGCAUACUAGAGAGAAACCCUAUAAACGUAAUCAAUAUGAUAAAGCUUUUAAUAGGAGCUCUUCUCUUGCUUACCAUAAGAGGAUUCAUAUAGGAGAGAAACCUUAUGAAUGUAAUGAAUGUGGGAAGGCAUUUCAUCAUAAAACUUACCUUACACAACACCAGAGAAUUCAUACUGGAGAGAAACCUUAUGAAUUAUAAUACAUGUGGGAAGGCUUUUCACCAGAAUACACAUAUACCUUACUAAACACCAGAAAAUUCAUACUGGGGAAAAACCUUGAGUGUAAUGAUUGUGGAAAGGACAAGACUUGAUUCAACAUCAAAUGUUGCAUACUGGAGAGAAACUAUAAAUGUAAGCAAUGUGAUAAAGCUUUUAAUAGGAACUCUUCUCUUGCUUACCAUAAAAGAAUUCAUACUGGAGAGAAACUUUAUGAAUGUAAUACAUCUGAGAAGGCAUUUCAUAAUAAAACUCACCUUACAUGACAUCAGAGAAUUCAUACUGAAGAGAAAUAUUAUGAAAGUAAUAUAUGUGGGAAGGCUUUUCACCAGAAUACACACCUUAUUCAACACCCGAGAUUCUUACUGGAGAGAAAUCCUACCAAUGUAGCAUGGGUGAGAGGCCUUCUUUUGAAGCUCAUCACUUACUUUUCACCACACAAUUCAUACUAAAGUGUAGCCCUAUAAAUGCAAUGACUGUGGCAAAACUUCCGCUGAUAAGUCAUUGCUGUCUUAUUACAGAAUUCAUAUAGGAGAGAAACCAUAUGAAUGUAGUGAGUGUGGAAAUACUUUCCGCCAUCACUUGUAACUUUUUCAAAUAUCAGAAAAUUCACAGUGGGAAAAAACAAAACAAAACUGAAUAUAAGGUUUUCAGCAAAAGCAUUAAUCAUACUGAAAAUUAGAGAAUUCAUACUAAGUCAAGUCUAUAGAUGAAGCCUCUCACUGUCUAAUUUCCUACAUUGAAUGUUUCAAAGCCUUUUUGUCUCAAACUUUCACAGGUUCUGCCAUGCUGGAAAGGCUUCACGUGUGGCCUUCCUGCUGAUUGAGUAGAUCACAGAACCAACUUAAAUGAAAGAAAUGAUUAGAUUAAUACUAAGGCAUCUGAAUUACUAUAAUAAACUGCAGGUGGGGAAGAUCUUGCUGUUUUGAUCAGAAUUUGUAGUCAUUCCAUGGCCCAAGCAGGAGUUAAAUUAGUGCUUGAACGUGUCAUAUGUAUAAGAUUCAGUUCCUGAAGUAUCUCAUUCUUUCAAAAUGAUAUUGAUACAAUUAGAAAAAGGGAAAGAAGCUUGUGAAACAAAGAUUUAAAUCUAUUAAGUUGUGAGGUUAAAGUCAGGAACUUCUUUUUUUUUACUGACUGUA